AUGGCCCCAAAAGUUCACGCCUCCGUUAAACUUACAACCUUGUCAGCCUUCGCUUGGUUUGGAUCGCGUCUUUUUGGGUUCAGAUUGGAGUCACUAUUGUCACUAGCAACGUGGCUAUGUGCUAGCGAGAGCUUCUUCUUCCAGAACUCAUCUGCUAUCUUCGACGAGCCACUGGGAAAUCGCAUUACUCACUGGGUGAACACUAUUCCAAACGACGGCUUGCUUCAUUUUUUUGGGUUAUUUGGAUCCGAAUACCUCGUACCUACCAGCAUCGAAAGUCUCUCAGACGUACUCACCAAUCGCUCCUACCAGUUUCAGAAGACUAGUGGGUUCCGUCGAUACGGCAUACGUUUCUUCGGUGAUGGCAUUGUUGUCCAAGAAUCCGAUAAGCACAAGCAGAGCAGGAAGUCAUUUCUUCAAGCUUUCAACCAGCGACAAGUUGAUAGGCUAAAACCAGUCCUAUCUUCCAAGGCAUCUCAGAUUGUACAGUAUGUUUGGGAAAAGUGCACACUAUAUGAGAAUGGCGAAAAGAACUUGAAGGCUGCAAAUGUCAAGGUUGGCGAGUUUUCUAGAUUGAUAUCUCUAGACGUUAUGGGUAUUAUCGCCCUUGGUCAUGAUUUCCAUGGGAUUUCCGGUCAGAGUCAGCAGAUUUUCGAGAUUUUCCAGGCUUUGUUCUCUUCAAGCGAUCAAAAGAGAUCUCACUUUAUGUGGCAUAACUGUGCUCCACCUUGGCUCAUUAACAUGUUUCCAUCAAAGACCGAUUCUCAAAUGGAGCGGGCAUAUGAACAACUCCGAAAAUAUCUUGAGCAAUUGAUUCCUGAGAAGCUCGCUUCACUCAACUCAACAAUAAUGACGGAUCAAGACAUUCCGACCCCUCAAAUAGCCUGCUCAGGUGACUUCACAGAAGGCGAGGUUAUUCCUCAAACUAUUACUACUUUAUCCGCUGGAUUUGAAAGUACCGCAAGCAUCUUAUCAUGGACCUUAUAUUGUCUAGCAGCCUAUCCAGAAAUCCAAGACUCUUUGAGAAAGGAGUUACACAUCGCCAAGUCUUCAUCAAAUAAUACCGCGCUCAUGGAGACUGACUACGAAAGUCUACCGCUACUCAACGCAGUCUGCUAUGAGACCUCUCGGCUAUACCCAACAUUUGCUAUGACAAUGCGUAAGGCUGUCUCUGAUACCUAUAUCAACGGCCGUCUUGUUCAGGCUGGCACCUACAUUGCUCUUGUACCACGGGCCAUCAAUCGAGCGAAGCAUCUAUGGGGCGCCGAUGCAGAGCAGUUUUUACCGGAAAGAUGGAUAGAUCGAUCCAAUCCCUUGAUGCCAAAGAUCAACCAGUUAGGAGGUGCUUCAUCGCCAAUGUGCAUGCUAUCGUUUUUAUAUGGAUCUAGGAGCUGCGUGGGACGCAGUCUGGCUUUGGCAGAGAUACGAAGAGUUACGGCACGCUUAGUCGAAACCUUUGAUAUUCAAAAAUCCAGUUCAGCCGAACCAAUACCAGUUGGUUGGCUAUCUUCAGGUCCACCCCCUGACCUAGACCUUAUAUUUGUACCAAUAACUGAAUUUGGUUUGCGCAUACAGGAAGAGUAA